AUGGAGAAGGCAAGAGCGAACAACGGACAAGCGAUUGGGCCGCAGAAAGCUGCGACGACAAACGGCAGGCGGGAUCCACCAGAGCUGUUUUUGGAGGACAAACCCAAGGCAGGCGCAAUUGGGGAGCAGACGGGACAAGGAGGGGGAUGCAGAAAUCCGCGACAAACAGGGGGGAUGCGAGAGACGGAGGAUGAGGAAGAACCGAGAAAGCAGAAGAAAGCAGCCAAAAUCAAAGGCCACGACGAGGGAUUCCGCGAUUGCGGAAGAACGUGGAGGUGGGAAAGAAAUGCGGUUAGACGUCGUUUCGAGAAGAGAAGGUGCGAACAGCGAAUGGAGAGGGAAGAGCGGAUGCUCGCACUCGAAAUCUGGACACGCUCACACUGCGAGAUUCUAAUCUCUGCGGAGUACUCCGCACGUCGCACAUAA